AUGGCUGGAUACGUCGGUGGCGCGUACGGGAGGCUGGCCAGGCGGUAUACUGCGUUCGGGCCGGCGCCCCGCGUCCUCUUCGCGCGGUUCACCGAGGCUCCCGACAGCGACACUGCUCGCGGAUGCGUCGCGCUUGCACUACGCCUCCGCGACGGCCUGGAAUCCGAUUUCGGUCUCGACUUGGAGUUUUACUCCAUCCAGUAUGUUCCUUGUUUGUUCCACCGCUUCUGCCCCGUGGUGAUGCGAGCAGUGAGUGACCGCUUCGCGGAUGUGUUCGCGUCGUUUGACUCGCCCCUCCGAGCGGCCGGGCUUGGCCGGGCGCGCUGGGAGAAGUCCCGCUCACAGGCUCUUCUCGUGCACUUGAAAGCCCGGCCGCCAUCGUGGAGCCUCGUUGCGAAGCUGGCGGUGCACAAGAGGGCCCACGUGUCCCGGAAGCUGAACCUGAACCAGUUUGCACACGCCGACUACACAGUCAAAGCGGCCGCGAAGUGCAUCGCGGACGUGGCUGCCAGAGCACCCGCGCAGGGCGACGCGUUCUGGGAUCGCGCCACCGCGUUGGAGCAGCGGGCGCAGCAUUGGCUGUAUGCCGGAUCUCUCCUGGUUUCCUAG